CAUCGAUACCCCGACAAGAAGCAGACCAGUAAUCGAAUACCCUCACAAAAGAUGGUGUUUUAGAUCUUAACCCAUUGGACAACGAGGCCUCAACCGGACCGCAUCUUCUUCUCUUUUCUUUAACUUGUGUUUGGUGCCAGUUUUCUUGAUAUCAUUUGAGUGACCUCUGGAAAAAAAUGACUUGACCGGGUGUCCGACUUAUUUGUAGUUAUGUGUCAUUCUCACUCAGUGGAAGAAGACAAUCCCGAAACGCGACAUACUGUAACCAACAUCAAAAUGAAGGGUCAUUCGCCCAUGUCAGACAGCCAAACGUCCAGAUAUCGGCUAGGACACCGACCUAAGCUCGCCCUUGUCGUAGUUCUUUUCUCCAUCUUUAAUACCAUUGAAUGGGUCAAUGGUCAGGUAAACCACGUUUGGGAUGACCCCAUGGAUCUAAUGGCCGUUGAAAGUACAUUGGAUGGGACCAGAUUCAUGUCUCGCCAUGGCGAGCCCCUGCAGAGUCUUCCGAAGCCAAUGGCAGAGAGUAGAGCUGGGCGAAGGUUGCGACUUAAGCCAGGACUUAUGUUGCUGAAAAGACCCAUCAUGAGGCGCCGAAGGCCGUUGAGAAAAGGUGGCCCAAUUGGAUCUGUGCCUGGACCGCAAAGAAAGCGCAAGGUUCACCAUGACAAUAUCAUGGCGGAGAACUCGCAUGGUCCUUUGACCCAUGUUGUUCCUCCGCCCCAGGGAGUGCCUCCAAGACAGAAUGAGUCCGUGCUUGAUCCCUUCAAAAAAGUUCCCAAACCAGAGCGCACUCACAAACCCGUCAUGGUUUACACGCCUCCUCGUAGAUCCAAGCCCCCGCCAUUUCAGGGAAAUCUAGACACGGCUACGACAGUUGCCAAGAUUGAUACCUUGAAAGAUAUAAAGAAAUUGCCUUCAGUGCCAAGUCAAUCGGCUCCAAAAAAGCUCCAGCCGCAGGCCACAGCCGAUCGACGAAUGUUUGACUUAUCUGGUGGCAUGGACUUGUUGAAUAAGAUGGCUCAACGUCUCACGACAGGAAUGAUUCCUAGAUCAAAAGGUAAAAACAAGAGACCAAGUAGACCCAAAGGCAAGGCUCCUCCUCGAGGAAAAUACAGGCAGCGGAAACCAAGGCCGAAAAAGAACAAGAAACGACCUUCCUACGAUGUUCCCAUGGCGCCUGUUUUGAAGGCCUCUGACGUAUAUGGGGCUCCUAAGGCUCCUGCAGUGACAGGCAACGCUGAUGGAUACGGUAGUCCCCAAGCUCCUGUCAACGGUCAAAAUACAGAUUCCUAUGGUGCUCCCAAAGGAACACCUGUAACCGGUUCGGAUUCUUAUGGGGCUCCGCAAGGGCCUGCACUAAGCAGCGAUGGCGCAUAUGGUGUUCCACAAGGGUCAAUUAACAAUCUAGAUUCGUAUGGUACACCUCAAUCUUCAUCCCUUUUGGAAAACUACGGUUCAGAUCCCGCCAGUGUUUCCAAUCAUGGAGACCUCUCCGGAUUCGACCCAGUCAUUGUAUUUGGGAGCAAAGGCUUUGUACCCACUGGGACCAGAAACAACUUUGACGAAAGCAUCCAGGACGAGAUUGGGUCUUAUUCGGAAUCCAAUCCAAGCCACGCUUUCAUGGAGGACAUUGAGACCGCCAAGAGGGAAAUCUCUCAUGCAGUGACACCAAAGGAAGAGUUGAUCAAGCCUUCAGACACUCAAAUUCAAUACCAACAGCCCUUGCUCGAUCCUGAGGCAUCAUCGUCAGGCUCAGAUCCGACUUUUGAUGACGAUGGCCCAAGUUUCGCAUUUCCUGAUUUCGGUACGACAGAACUCAUGCAGAUAAGCGACAUUGAAAGGUUUUUCAAUGAGAACUUUUUCAAAAAGAUUAGCCCAGAACUCGACACAGCGGCAACUAGCAAACAGAAUGCUCCAAAUCCGGUCGAGAAUGACUUCUUUGAUGGACUGCCAGAAUCUGCCUAUGAGCCAACCCAAGUGGAAACAAAGAAUCCCCACUUGGUGGGUAACAAGGCGGCUGGAUAUUUAGACCCUUUUGAAAAAGCCGUUGUGAUUAAACCCACCCAAGGUCCCAAACUUCCCAAAAGGAGGAAGGUGGCUAACCCAUUUAUAGUUAAGCCAAAACUGCCCAUCAGAGGUCCAACCAGACCGAUCCAAAUGAAAAUUCCAAAACCACUACCCCUGUCACAAUCCAAGCCUUUGGUGAAGGUGUUGUUACCGAAAAAGAUUGCCGAUCCCCUUCGAGAUGUUGCACAUAAUUCCAAGCGACUCCCUCAGGGAUCGUAUGGCAAGCCUGAAAAGAACUUUGAGUAUGGACCAGCUCUUCCAGAUGCCAAUAAAGGGGCUGUUCCACUUCAGUUUGCUGGGGGAUCUGACACGGGAUAUGGAGAUCAUGAGGCAGAGUUCCAAGUUAGAGCCUCAAACCUAAAACAGAAGCGAUCAGCAGAGUCAUUCAACUAUCCUGGAAACUUAAGGUCCCGCACCAGGGUACCGCAACGACCUCAACCAGGACCAAGUCGGAGCCCAAUUUCUGGACGCACUAGACAAAACUUCUCAGCCAGGGCUAGGAUUCCAUCGACACCCUUGCCUCGGCCCCCACAGUUUUCGACCAAAUGGGGACCUCCACCAAUGUUCAAUGAAGGGUUUGGGGAACAUUUUGACUUUGAGUUUGGAAAGAAACGCCGUCAACCUUUGAGAAACAUUGUUCCUGCAAACAAAGGUAUUGUAGGACAACGAUCGACUUUGCCCAUUCCCAACCCAACUGAGAGCCAAAAAUCCAUGUUCAAGCCAAGUCCUCGCGUUGACGAACAGCGCUUGCCACAGAGUCAAAAUAGCUAUUUGGACCGGACAAAUGGAUUCUCUCGGGCCCAGCCAUUUGACAUCCAGAAGCAGGACAACAUCCAAGAGACACAAGCACCUCGCUUUCCUUCAAACGGUAGAGUGGAACCGACCAAUAAUCCACGUUCUGACGAAGAUGACACCACCAUGGCCUCCUCGCAUUAUCAAGAUCAGACCACGGAAUACGACUCAUCAUUCUCCAAUGACCCUAACAUGAAUUUCUACUCCUCAAGAUUUCCUUCUUCAGAAGUCAAAUCUACCCCAGAGUAUGAGGAACCACGGCCCACUGCAGUGGACGACAUCAGUCCCCGAAUUGAUCAAGACGUGUAUGACUUUUAUGACGAUUAUGGUUAUGAUUACAAGUCAAUCCCGCUUCCCCCAACUCCAGGGCAAGGCUCUAAAGUUGCCAGGGUAAAGCCCCACCCAACUAAUCCUGAUUACGAAUAUGUAUACUACUACGAUUAUGAAGAGGGAGCCGUUCCGAGUGGAAAGGGACCAAAGCCUGCCAUUGGCAAGGAAACUCCGUCCCCCGUCCGCUCCAAUUCUUUAGACCACAAAGAUCCAAACCCAAACCCCUCUCCUUCUGUUCCUAAUUUGCCAAUUCAAACCUCUACGCUUAGUGAAGAUCCAACUUGGACCAAGACAACCACUCGUGAACUUGAACAACCCAAGCCAACUCCAUUUUUGGUGGAAAAACCAGAGUUCCAAGAACGUCCACCAGUGGAUCGAACCGAGCUGAAUUACAACCUCUAUUCGGGAUCUAAUGACCAAGGUAGAGAAACGCCAUCCACCCCUGCUUUUAGAGGGAGAUAUCCAAUGACCACAUCAGAAUCGAUCCCAACAUACAAUGACUACACUGAAGCGUAUGAAGAUUCCCAACGGAUUGAUAAGGAAUCAAAUGAACGUGAAAUGAAUCCCAUUAAGAGCCGGAACUUCAUUCCCAAACAAUCCCCAUUCAACAUUGGAGCACCUACAAGCAGAGAACCGUUUACUCGCAACCCUACCAAUCCACAUACAAAGCAGAAUAACCCCUUUGAGCGCACUAGCACCACUGUUCAGGAGUCUACUCCUACAAUGGAGUCGCAUCCACCAUCUACUUCCAGUCAAUCAAAUAUCAGAAUGAAGAUCCCCCAUCGAUCUGUGAUGAGGCAACAGGUUCCACGUCGAUAUCCAGAUGUCGAUGAGAAGCCACAAUACUCCAUAAAUCAACCCGGACCUACAAUUGGUUACCCACCCUUCCGAUCGACAUUUCCAUCGCGAGAAACUUUACCACCAAGAAGUAGCCAAGAACCCUUUCCUUCCCCGGAAGACAAAAUGACCACGUAUGAAUAUGAUUAUCCAGGACCAACUCAAAUCAAUUUCAGAGAGCCAAUCCAGCCUAAGAGGGAAUAUUCUGGAGAAGCCUUGGCCUAUGACUACUAUCCUGACACUGAAGAGGACUAUACUGAAAAUACCAUUCCUUACAACUACCCCAGAAAUCCAUUGCUUGGAGGUCCAGGUUCCACUUCAACCACUCCGACUACAACAAUUUCAACAGAGGACGUAACAGAAACGGAGGCCGCCACUCUAUUCACUACUGCCCCACCUUCAACAACAAGCUCAACAACUAUAACCACCACUACUACCACAACUACAACCACUAGUACCACCACCACCACGACAACUACUACCAUAACCACGACAANACUAACCACCACUACUACCACAACUACAUCAACAGAGGACGUAACAGAAACGGAGGCCGCCACUCUAUUCACUACUGCCCCACCUACAACAACAAGCUCAACAACUAUAACCACCACUACUACCACAACUACAACCACUAGUACCACCACCACCACGACAACUACUACCAUAACCACGACAACCACCACCACUACUACUACCACCACAACAACCAUGCCAACAACUACCACAACAGAAAGAUAUGCAUACAAGCGACCUGAUGAAUAUUUGGAACCUCCAGGAGAUAAGAACCCUUGUGCCAAGGAGCUGUUUUGUGAUGUCAGAGAUAGCAACUAUCCAAUGAGCACCGUCAUCAGCAUAGUUGUGUCCGAGGGUCCAGCCGUCCAAGGAAUUUACCAACAAGUGAUUCGGGACUUUCCAAAUCUGAUUGGGGCCAGUGCAGCAAUGUGGGAGAGCAAAAGGAGGAGGAGUAGUAGUUGUGAAACUCUGGAGAUGGCUGUUAAACCUGGAUGGUCCAAGACUGUAAAAGGAGAGUGGGUCACCGUAGUAAAUACGAAUGAGUAUCCUCAAGAAGUGAAAACAACCAAGUGCCAUAAUCUUGGAGAGCCUUGCAGCAUGAUGUAUUCCAGGUCAAAAAGUAUUUGCGAGCAAAAGCUUGUACGGAAGAGCUUGAUGGUUGUGGAUCCUUACAAACCCGAGAAAGGAGUGUUUUCCGCCGAAUUUGACAUCCCCACCGAGUGUUCGUGUUCAGUUGCCAAACCAGAUGACAGUCUCUUAUAUAAAGACACAAGUCCCAUUGAAAACAACUAUUAUGCGAAAAAAUCAAAUAACCAGGCUGGUAAAGACCUGGAAUUGGCUCUAAGAACUAGGGAUCCGUCCCUGACUUCACGCACACGAUUGCGCACGCACAAGCGGUUCUUGAAGCGACCAAGACCCGGGAAAAAGGAUACCGAGUCAGAACCAACGGAUAACGAGCCUAAAACCGAACAGAGACGAUUCAAAGUUCAAAAUCGACGGAAUUUCAAGGACUACUCAAGCUUCCCUUCUCCGUCACCAUCAAUGCCAAUGCCAACGCCAACGAAAAGUGCUUUUGAGGAUCCACCCCCGAUCAGUACAUUCCGACAGAGAAUUCCAUCCCAUGAACAAAUUGAGAAAGACUUGGCCGACAUUGAUCAAGAGAACAAAAUGAACAUAGAGAAACAAAUGAAGAAAAUGGAUUGGGAUGCCACGCCCACCACCCCAGAGGCUUCUGAAGAUAGAGAAGAUGAGCAGCACAAUUCGAUGGGAAGUGACUUCAUGAGCACCAGAUCCCGGGUGAAAACAACCACCGAAGUAUCAAGCUCUGCAGAAGAUACCACCAUCUAUUACGAGGAUGUAUCUCAGGAUAUCCAAAAAACAAUUGAAGACAACAUGAAGGCCUUCCAGCCUAAUAUCGGCCUAACCAACUUAUUCAAGUUGGACCGACCCACACCUGCAGGUUCUACUGUUACCACAGAACAAUCGAGUGACCGAAAAAGUGGACAACGGAGCAAUGACGGUCCAACAAGAAAGUUUGUGCGUGAGCGAGUGUUUCUACCAACCCAAGCUUCAACUUCAACGGAAGCCCAUGUUGAAACCACAUCUGUAAGGUCAAGAGUUAGACCUCUUACCACUAAAGCAAGUAGUACUACUACUGCAUCCCCUUUAAGUCCCCAACGACGAGCUGCCAUGCACCAGAUGAAAGACCGAUAUCGCAGUCAAUUUAUGGAAGGAAGCAAAUCCUACAGGAAAUCUUCCGUCAGUCCAAGCCCAACACCAACCACCACAACCGACACUACGUCAAGAUCAAGUUAUAAUGCAGAAAUUGCGAAAACCACGGCGGAGUCCAAGAAAAGCGCUGGUAUUGGAUACAAACGGAGAUUUGGUGGGGCCUCUGACUUUUAUGAGAAGUUCAAGAAAAGGAAACACGGAGGCUACAAAAGUAGUAGAAACAAACCAGCUCCAGAGCAACCUGAAGAGGAGGAGGAACCAAUUAUUGACCCUUCACCCAAACCCACUUCUUUUAGUAGAACCACCCCUGAGGAGAGCGUCAAAGCCCCGUCUUUGGAUUUGGCGGAAAUUCGCGAUAUUUACGAUGAUGAGGAUGACAAAGCCGAAGAUGACGCUGUGUUUCCCAGCAUUGAACCCGAAGCCACCUCAAAGUCAAACGUAGGAAAACCCAUUCGGUUAUGGCAAACUCGGCCAAAGAAGCAAAUGACUCCUAGUGACCAAACAAGAGCGCCAACUGACGCUACGCCCCCAUCGGAGGUUACAUCAACAACAGACACCGUAUCCAGAUACUCUAGACGACCAAUUACCUCCAACUUUGAGAACAAGAGAGCUUCCAAUGAGCGCUCAGACGAUGGAGCCUCUACUAGAGAUGAUGAAAGCGACAAAGAUAAAGAUGAAGAGGGUGGCUCCAAAGAGGCGUUAAAAGCGUUUCUAGCCAGCGGAAAGCAUGGAAAUGACCCUAGAAAGAUCCAGGAAAUGAUUAAAAGAUUUUACGCAAACGGAAGCAAGCCACCAACAACACCGGAACCUCAGAAUGAAGAGGCAGAUGUGGCCAAAAGCAUAUUCGAGAAAUAUUCGAAAAAGAAUUCCAGACUGGCUUCAACUGCGGAGACUAAAGUUGAAGAAGAGGGUUAUGAAGAGCUGACAGAAGAUGAAGAUGAUUCAACUUACCCUCACGACGAGGAGCAAGAGGUUUUCAAUGCCAAAGGAAUGGAACUCGAAAAGAAGGAACCAGAAGGAUCCCGGGUCGCCAUCCGUCCAUGGUCCCCAAGCUUGAGUGGUUCUUACAAUAGCCGAGGAGGAUCUUCCAGCAGCUACUUCCAGAAGUUUGCCAAAGAUAAUGUGGGUGGCUCAUUUCGACGGCCAAAGCCCGAAGAUGAAGAUGCGGAAAAGGCCAAGGAAAUCUUUAGUAAAUAUAAAUUGAACAAGAACAAGAAUCGAUCCAAGAGUACCACAACAACUCCAAGUCCGAUAGAUGUCUCCAAAGUGGAGCCCUCACAACGUGUGUACACUCCAAGGUUUACAACCCCAAAGCCAACUAAUGGCGGUUUCUGGCCUACCCCCCGGCCAUUCAGACCGAGAAAAACUAGCUAUGGAUCCCACGAUAAAGAGGACAAGCCGGAACGGAUUUCGGAAUGGACACCACCAUCCAGGCGUGUUCCCACCAGACCCGAGAGAGUCACAACAACGACAGUCACCACAACUACUACCACCACAAGCACGUCUACAACACAACCUCCAACAACUACCACAGAGGCAACGUCUCCAGUCACAAUCCCAACAAUCAAGCCAAAGCUAGACACGUCAAGCUUUAUCUUUGGUGACUAUGAUGGAGCCUUUGUCGACCUCGAAAAAAUCCCGAGCAAUAAUUUCAAUAGCGAAAUCAGCAUCGACACUAGUUCCUUUAUCUACGACGACACGGACACUGAGACCACCCAAGGGAUGACCAUACCCACCCAAUCCUCCGAUCAAAUGGACUCCCCAGGAUCCUCGCAAGGUCCUCCAAACACCCAAUUAAAGGCUAGAGUACCAAUCCGAAAUGUAUUGGACAUUUUCCAGGAACUAAAGUACUCUUUCGGGAAGAAGACAUAAAUUUGAAGUAACCUUACGAAAACAACACCUUGUUCAGUAUUUGCCAUGCAAACUCAAGAGUAUUAUUACUACUACUGCUAUUACUACUACUUCUACAACUAUUAUAAUUACUAUUAUUUUGAGAAGAAUGAUUCCCAAUGUGAUAUUUCUCUCUGACAAUUCAAAAGCUGAAUGAAAGACAGAGGCCAGAAGAUAAUGUUGACUCUGGUAAGUGACUGUGCAAUAGCAAAAAAAUCUUAUGCCACUUGGGAUUGCAAUUCCCCUGAUAUUGCCUCAAUCUCCCAUGGAAAAGGAUAAACUUAUUACCACUUUCAAAUCUUAGAAGGGUCCCCAAAACGUGUCUUGUGUUUAUUUUGUUGUAUAGACUUUGAAUUUUAGUCCAAUAAAUGAUUUACCGAAUGAA